UGGCCGUGUCGAUGGAGAGUGAGAGAGGAAGAGGAGGAGUAGGAGGAGGAGCUGAUGAUCUGAUGUGAAAUCGGAGUGCGGUCGUCCUUGGGUGAUAUGAGGCGGCCUACAGGAGAAGAUUGAUGAUGGAUGCGUACAGUUGUUGUAUAAAGCACGGCUGGCCAAGGUGUUGAUAAAGCCAGACGCCACGGGCAGAGGGUCCAAUCAUUGGUCCGUUGUGCGCCCCAGUGGCAUCGUACCACAGUAAAUAUAGGGAAGGAUGAGGCUAGCGGACGGCGUUAUGACGAAGACAGGCGACAGGCAGGCCAUCGCAGGGGACACUAACGGUGUGGUUCCACGCAUGCCGCAUAUCCCUUGCCCUGGUGGAGUCCCAAAUAAUCUCCAGAUGUGCAGAGACUCCCAAGCACGGAGCCACGGAAAGGUUGGAGGCAAAAAAAGGGAGGCGGCUGGGCCGACAAGGAUCCUGCGAGGAUGCUCUCGCACUGGUCCAACAAAGCCCGUCGCACAAGAGAACCGAGCAUGCGGCACGCCGCCGCUUGUUGAUUCAUGGCCUGCCGCCUGCGUGCUCGCCCGUGUUGCCCCUUGGUCCUUUGAUCCACAUCGGCUUGGUGGCCAUUACUGGCCCUGCUCCACAGCGCAGCCCCCAGCCAGGCCGCAGCGCAGCGAAUCGCUCACCGUCAGCAGUCUUCCAGCCAUUCGUGGACGGUGGGUCGCCGGAGCGGUCGCAGGCAAGUGCAUCCACGCAGAGUGUGAUGGUGACACAUCGGCAGCAGCAGGCCAACCAAAGCAAAUGCUUCCCGCGCCCCUGGUCUCAGCGGAACGAGGGCAAAGGCGGUCCUGCAGCCGUGACUCUGGAAUACCUGACUGUCGGAGGCAGUUGAUGGAAGCCCAGAUUGCGUAGGUGCAGAAAAUAUCGCACUCGCCGGUCACGGAAUGGGUUGGCCGCCCUGGCCUCGUGGGAGGACGGCGUUUGCUUUACGGGACGCACACAUCACCAUAACGAUCCAUCGAGGCGGGCAUCUCGGC